AUGUUGAAAGUAACUGUCUUAAAGGUCCAUGGUCCCAGUCUGUACAUCACUGAUGACAACAAUGUGGCUCUGUUUCCUGCACCUGAUGGCCACUUCAGUCUUGUUGACCUCACACCAAGGGGGCAUUAUGAGGUGCAUGGUGAGAGCAUCAUUGAAGAAUCUUCACCUAAUACUCCAGUAACCCCCAACCCUACUCGCUUUUUCUUCCACCGACCAGUUAGUGCAGCAGCGGGUUCUGCAACUGGUUCUUCUGCAGUUCCAAGAGCUACUAUGCCAAAAACUUUCCAAAGGAGUGUUUUCAUUGCUGAAGUUGUGGAUUGCAAGUUGGAGACAAGCAAAACAUUAACAGUCCGUUUUUCUGAGUUUGAGGCCUCUGUUCCGGGUAUUGUGAGUAAAGUUAAAGAGGCCCUUGGACAAGAGGACUCAUUGAUUCUGACUGAUGGCCAAGGAAAGGAAAUCCUGGAUUCUGAAGGAACCAGAGGAUCAGCAUACUGGAAACAGAAUGCACGCAAAGUAUUUGCUGUGCCGCAAGAAGAAUUCCUGCAGCUACGAGAAAGUAAAAGGAGGAGACUAAGUCGACGAGAUGAUGCUGGCCUCCAAGAUGUUCUGGACACAAUUGAAGAGGUUGUGACAGCAGCCCAGGGACUGCAAGCAGUGUCCACCACACUGAAAGAGCUCAUGGAUUUAGCAAAUUCCAAUCGCAGAACAACAGUAUCCCUGACAGAUGUCGAAGCAGCAGCAGUUAGAGAUGCUUUUGCCUGUAUUAUCUGCAGAGGUCCAAUGAACGAGCCCAUGGUUUCAUCAUGCUGCCAAAGCCUUAUUGGCUGCAGGAUUUGCAUUAAGCAAUGGCAAAUAAAUUCUCCCUUCUGCCCUAAAUGCCGGGCUGGCGAUUCUGGUAACAACAUACAAAGACUCAUGGGCUUAUCUGAUGCAUUGGCUGCACUCAGAAACAUACUCUUGGCGUAAUACUGUAUAUUAUGUAGUAGUAUUAUCAAACAUUGCAUAGUUUUACUGUUGUUUUGUUCUUAAUCUUCUCAAAAUAUGCAGUUCUAGGGCACAGUUACAUGUGCAUCAUUCAAUUUAUUUUAUUUUAUAUUGCACACAAUGUAGAAUGCUGAGAAAGUUAA